CUCGAGGGGGAGCGGGGGAGAUGCCCAGCCCGCCUCUUCGUCGUCCUCCUCCUCCCCCUCCGCGGUGAGAGCUCGCCCCUUUCCGUCUCCGUCCGGGCAUCCUCCCCGGGCAGGAGGAGGAGGAGGAGGAGGAGGAGGAAGGGGCACCGUACCCUCUCCGCCGGCCGAGGACUCUCCGGGCCCCGGAGCUGGAGCCAGCCCCGGAGAGGUUAUCUGGUUUUCCAGAAACUCUCUUCCUAAUGUGAAGGUUGGCUGUUGUGAGGAUUUACUCCUUACUGGAGGUAGAACGGAAAUCCGACCAGAGUGUGGAAUCCAGAAGCUUCGAGUCUCCCUGUGAGAAGCUGCCUCCCUCCACCGAGAUGUCCCGGCAUCACAGCCGCUUUGAAAGAGAUUACCGUGCCAGUUGGGAGCGCCGGGAGUGGACGUCGAACGGUGCCCCGGCCAACACAAGCAACUGCAACAGCACAGCCAGCAAUAACGGCGUCAACAACCUCAACAUCCGACCUGGGCUCCUGCCCCUGCCCAUCGUCCCCUCCCGACUCCCGACUCCUGCCACGGCCACCUGCACCACCGUGAGCAGCGAAGCCAUCCCUAGUCUUGUGGCCAGCUCGACUCCCGUGUCCACCACCAAGGCCCCAGGCAUUUCUAAGACUGAAAAUCAGUCUCAAGGACUUGCAACCAGCGUGAGGUGGGGACAGACCCCCAUAAAUCAAUCCACACCCUGGGACACGGAAGAACCUCCAUCUAAACAGAUGAGAGAGACUGAAAAUCCAGGCACUGCCCCGUGGGUCACCACGGUGACCGCUGGGAGCCAGCCAGCCCUCAUAGCUCACUCGUACGGGAUGACCCAGCCUCCCACCUUCAGCCCCGCGGUCAACGUCCAGGCCCCCGGCAUCGGGGUGACGCCCUCGCUCCCUCCCCACGUGGCCCCCCAGCUCCCCUUAAUGCCGGCCCACUACCAGCUCCCGCAGCAGCCUUCUCAGCCUCUGAGCAACAUGGUGGUCAACUUGCAGAGUCAGCCUCUCUACACCAACAGCCAGCCCAUCACCCUGUCCUCCAUGACCGCGGUGGGCCAGGUGAACCGACCGGGCCACGCCGCUGUCGGGAACGGUCACAUGACCUGCCCCAUCCUGCCUCCACCCCCUCCGGCCAUGCCCUCCGCCACCCUCCCCACUAGCGUCCCGGCUACUAACGGGCAGGCGGCCACCCCUGAGCUUCCUCCGGCCCAGACAUCCGGCCAAGAAUCUACCAACGGGGUGCAAAUGUUGCGGACGAUCGGCGUGGGGAAGUACGAGUUCACCGACCCCUGGCAUCCCAAAGAAAUGUUGAAGGAGUUGAACCAGCAACGCAGAGCGAAAGAGUUUACAGACCUGAAAAUUAUUGUUGAAGGCAAAGAGUUUGAAGUCCACCAAAAUGUUCUAGCUUCCUGCAGCUUGUAUUUCAAGGACCUGAUUAAAAGGUCUCCGAGGGACGGGAGCAGAGGAGUGGAGAAGCUGGAGCUGAGCAUGUCAAACCUCCGAGCGGAUGUCCUGGAGCUGCUCUUGGAGUUCGUGUACACGGGCUCUUUGAUUAUCGACUCGGCCAAUGCCAAAACCCUUCUGGAAGCGGCCAGCAAGUUCCAGUUCCACACGUUCUGCAAAGUCUGCGUGUCGUUUUUAGAAAAACAGCUGACGGCCAGCAACUGCCUGGGGAUCUUGGCCAUGGCGGAGGCUAUGCAAUGUGGGGAGUUAUACAACAUGGCCAAGGCCUUCGCCUUGCAGAUCUUCCCCGAGGUGGCGGGUCAGGAGGAGAUCCUGAACAUCUCCAAGGAUGACUUCAUUUCCUACAUGUCCAACGACAGCCUGAACACCAAAGCCGAAGAGCUCGUCUACGAGACGGUGAUCAAGUGGAUCAAGAAGGAUUCGGCCAUGCGAGCUCAGUAUGCAGCUGAACUGCUGGCCGUGGUCCGCCUGCCUUACAUCCACCCUAGCUACCUGCUGAAUGUCGUCGACAACGAGGAGCUGAUCAAGUCUUCGGAGGCUUGCCGGGACCUCGUGAACGAAGCCAAGCGCUACCACAUGCUGCCUCACGCCCGGCAGGAGAUGCAGACGCCCAGGACCCGGCCCCGCCUCUCAGCAGGCGUAGCUGAGGUCAUCGUCCUGGUCGGAGGCCGCCAGAUGAUCGGCAUGAACCAGCGGGCUCUCACCGCCGUCACGUGCUUGAAUCCUCAGAACCACAAGUGGUACCCACUGGCCAGUUUGCCCUUCUACGACAGGGAAUUCUUCAGUGUGGUCAGCGCUGGGGACAACAUUUACCUCUCCGGGGGAAUGGAAUCCGGUGUCACCUUGGCUGAUGUCUGGUGUUACAUGUCCUUGCUGGAUAACUGGAAUCUCGUCUCCCGAAUGACGGUGCCUCGGUGUCGACACAACAGCCUGGUCUAUGAUGGGAAAAUUUAUACCAUCGGCGGUCUCAGUGUUGCAGGCAACGUGGAUCAUGUAGAGAGAUAUGACACCAUCACCAACCAGUGGGAGACCGUGGCAUCCCUGCCCAAGGCAGUGCACUCUGCGGCCGCCACCGUGUGCGGCGGGAAGAUCUACGUGUUCGGCGGCGUGAACGAAGCCAGCCGGGCCGCGGGGGUCCUCCAGUCCUACGUCCCCCAGACCAACUCCUGGAGCUUCAUUGAGUCUCCGAUGAUCGAUAAUAAAUACGCGCCUGCCGUCACCCUCAAUGGCUUCAUCUUCAUCCUGGGAGGGGCUUACGCCAGAGCAACCACCAUCUACGACCCAGAGAAAGGCAGCAUCAAGGCCGGCCCCAACAUGAACCAUUCCCGGCAGUUCUGCAGUGCGGUGGUCCUCGACAGCAAGAUCUAUGCAACCGGCGGGAUCGUCAGCAGCGAGGGGCCUGCUCUGGGCAACAUGGAGGCUUACGAACCCAAGACCAACUCAUGGACGCUCUUACCGAACAUGCCCUGCCCCGUGUUCCGGCACGGCUGCGUCGUCAUUAAAAAGUACAUCCAGAGCGGCUGAUGCUGAGAGAGAGGAGCAGAUCAGAACAAAACGUGUACCCUUCCGUGUUUAGCCGCACCCACAAUACGACACCGGCGCUGAAACCGGCAUCAACUUCUCCGAUGACUCCCGUCACUUUUUGGGUCAGUGACGAGCCCAUCUUCGCUAUGCGGUUGUUUUGAACGUUAUUUAUUCUUUUUUUACAAAAGUAAUAAGCACAAUGAUUCUACAUACAUUGUAUGUCAUUUAUUAAAAGUAUUUAUGUCGAACAGGGUGGAAGUGUGAACCUACAGAUUGGAGCACAAGUUUCUAACUGCCUGGGGCAGGACUAAUUUUAGCGUUGGUGUGUGUCUGCCUCCAAAGGAGGUGCUAGCUGUCGAAAGGACUAAACACAUACAACAUUUCCAAUUUCGCUUAUCUCUUCAUCCUAUCACACUGGAGCAAAACUGGCUAUUUCUGUGAAUACUAUAAAACAGGGUUAUCUGUAUUGU